AUGUCUUGGCGGAAGCCAUUUGGCGAUGGCGCUGGUGCGCAGGGCACGGUGCUGGAAGGCCAAAGGGAGGAGAUAUCGGAAGGAGGCACUCAGUACAUCGGCGAGAAGGGAGGUAACGAUGCACCGCCUACCUUCCAGGAUGCGUCCGGUGCGCCUAUCGAGAACAAUUCGCCGUUGGGAUAUUCGGUCGGCCCAGUCACGAUUACCCUGCUGAACAUUACCAUGAUGAUUGGCGCUGGUAUCUACUCCACACCAUCCUCGAUUCUGUCUGGAACCGGUUCUGUUGGAGUUAGUUUUGUUUACUGGACGCUUGGUUACUUGUUAUGUAUGGCAUCAGGAUCUGUCUACCUCGAAUUUACCGCCUACUUCCCCAGUCGAUCCGGUUCCGAAGUUGUCUUCCUCGAACAAGCCUACCCACGUCCCCCGUGGCUCUUCCCGACAACGUUUGCCGUCCAGAGCGUUAUUCUCUCAUUCGGAAGUGCCAAUGCUACCGUCAUGGCCAACUAUCUGAUCGCCAUCUCCGGGCACGAAGGAACCAAUUGGCAGAUCAAGGGUACUGCUCUGGCAUGCUACACCCUUGCUACCUUGACUCUUGUAUUCAACACGAAGUAUGCCUAUCGGUUCUCCAAUGCCGUCGGCGUCGUCAAGAUCUGCACCCUGCUUUUCGUUAUCCUCACCGGCUUUGUCGUAUUGGGUGGUAACACCAAAGUUGAGGAUCCCAAGGCCAAUUUCCGUGAUGCAUGGUCCGGUAGCAAGACUGCCUCUGCUUACGGCAUGACUACUGCACUUUACCGUAUCAUCUUCUCGUAUGGUGGCUACAACAACGCCUUCAAUGUUGCCAACGAAGUCAAGAACCCCGUCCGGUCGCUCAAGAUCUACGCUACUGUUGCUCUGACCACUGUUUAUGUUCUGUACAUGUUUGCCAACGUCGCCUUCUUCGCUGCUGUCCCCAAGGAGGAUCUUGAGAACUCCGGCCUUACCGCUGCCAGUCUGUUCUUCACCGCCGUCUUCGGAAACAGUGGCGCCGUACGCGGCCUCAACUUUCUCAUUGCUCUGGCCUCUUUCGGUAACAUGAUUGCGGUAAUCAUUGGUCUAUCUCGGCGGAUUCGUGAGUGUGGCCGGCAAGGUGUCCUUCCCUGGACUACCUUCUGGGUUUCUACCAAGCCUUUCGGAACUCCCCUGGGGCCGUAUUUUGUCAUUUGGGCGUUGACAGCCCUGAUGAUUUUGGCCGUCCCCGCUGGAGAUGCUUUUACUUUCGUCAACGAUCUGGCCGUUCUCCCGAAGGCUGUGUUCGACUUGGCCAUGGCCGUCGGUAUCUACAUCGUUCGUUGGCGCAGACGCAAGGCCAAUCUCCCCGAGCCUGAGUUCAAAGCGUGGAAUGUUGUCAUCAUCUUCAACAUCCUCGUUCAGCUGUACCUCGUCAUCAUGCCCUGGUACCCACCCGCCGGUGGUCAAUACGACGGCGAUGUUAGCUUCUGGUACGCUACAUACGCCGUUACUGGCAUUGCAAUUCUUCUCGUUUGUGCCGGCUACUACUGGCUUUGGGCUUUCCUUCUUCCCAAGUGGAAAGGAUACCAAUUACGGCAAGAACUCAUUCGUCUUGAUGACGGCGCUCAAAGUCACCGACUCCGGAAGAUCCCUAAUGCUGAGGUCGCUGAAUGGGAUGCUACGCAUGAUGCGGCGGGGCGCCCCAUUGUGUCUUCCUCUUCUGAUUCCAAGCUGUCUUCAGUCACGGAGACUGCAGUAAAGGUGUAG